UUCAAAAAUACUCUCAACUUCUUGAAGAAAAAAAAGCUAUAGGAGAUCUAACUCACAAAGAAUUGAAUUGCACAAAAGACAAUCCACCAAUGGAUGUCUGGAGCUGUUGCCCAAAGGAUUGGAAGCCAUUUAGUUCCCACUGCUACUACAUUUCCACUGAUGCGGCAUCUGGGAGAGAGAGUGAGGAGAAGUGCUCCAGAAUGGGCGCUCAUCUGAUGGUGAUCCACAGCCAGGAAGAGCAGGAUUUCAUCACCAAGACCCUGGAUCCUAAAGCUGCUUAUUUUAUUGGGCUUUCAGAUGCAGGUCACCGACAGUGGCGCUGGGUUGAUCAGACACCAUACAAUGAAAGUGCCACGUUCUGGCACCCACGUGAGCCCAACAAUAACGACGAACAAUGUGUUGUAGUAAGUCAUCCAUAUUCUAGUUGGGGCUGGAAUGACAUCCGUUGCAGUGAUGAACAGAAGUCAGUUUGUCAGAUGAAGAGAAUAUACUUAUGAAUCAAUCAUUCUUCAUGGACAUGGAUUGCAUUUUUAUCAACCAUUACAUGGACACUUGGAAAGAUCUUCUUGUAGAAGAGAUGUCCAUAUAAAUUUAGGUAGGCAGCCAAAAGUUUUACAUAUGAUAAUACUGGUUCACAUAUAUACUUAUGCUUAUUUAUUCAUCCUUUACUCUAUAUAUAAUGAGAAUUUCCCAUAUGCCAGGGACUCUACAGGAUCCCUUUGUGUUUAUGUAGAAGCACUCCAGCUUCUCUGUCCAUCUUAGAUUCCUACAGUCUUAUUUGAUUAUAGAAUUGUAUGGUGUCGUCCCUCUAACCAUCUGUCUCUCUCUUUGUUCCUCUGUCUUUGGGUUUAUUGAUGUAUAUUUGACAAAUAAAUCAUGUAUAUUUACAUUACA